UUCAACCACACCGCACUGUUGAGAAAUCACAGUCACAAAGAUCUCGGGUCACCAUGUGUUAUCCUAAUGUAGGGCCGUGUGUUCCUGGCGUUUUUGAUAUGAACUGCUCUCUCCGUUGUUUACCGACGCCCUAAACGGGUUUCAGUCAUGCAGACGGGACAAACAUUUAUAAGUAGAUCGAGAUCAACACCAGAUCGCCAGUCUUUGAACUGCCCACAUGCGUUAAUAUUGACGCGAUUAGGAGACUGGAUCGUUAUCAGCUUGACCAAUUGAACCGAUCAAAGUGCAAACAAGUGAAACUCAAGUACAGCUAGAGUGAAGAAGCGAAUCAUUUGCCAGAAAAAGCAUCAAAUUCGGGUAUUUAAUGGGCACUGAUAACGAUUCUGAGUUAAAGAGGACGGAGGAGAAGUCCCAAUGGACGCUUUUUGUUCAGGACAUAAGUGUUUUACAGUGGGUGCUUUCCUUUCUGUUUUUGGGAGCGUCCUGUCUGGUUUUGAUGGUGUACCUGAUGUUUACAUCUCUGUGGUUCUUCCCCACUCUCUACUUCACCUGGCAGAUCUAUGACUGGCACACACCUGAGAGAGGUGGCAGAAAAACAAGGAUUGUAAGAGGCUGGAAAGUAUGGAAGCACUUCCGAGACUAUUUCCCUGUGAAGCUGGUGAAGACUGCUGAGUUGAGUACCAAUAAGAACUAUAUUCUGGGAUGCCACCCCCACGGUAUCAUGUGUGUGGGAGCAUUCUCGUGUUUCAGUACAGACUGGAAUGGAUUUGCUGAAACCUUCCCUGGAGUACGUCCCACUCUUGCAAUCUUGGCCGGACUUUUCCGCCUUCCUCUUUUCAGGGAAUAUAUUAUGUGUGCAGGUCUGUUGCCUGUCAGUAAGCAGAGUUUAAAUUAUGCGCUGAGCAAUAUGGGAUUAGGCAAUGCUGUGAUCAUUAUUAUUGGUGGGGCAGAGGAAUCGCUCGCCUCAUCUCCAGGAGUAAACACGGUAGUGAUGAGAGAGAGGAAAGGCUUUGUACGGCUGGCGCUUGAACAUGGAGCUGACCUGGUUCCUGUAUACUCUUUUGGAGAGAAUGAGCUGUUCGCGCAGGUGGUUUUCUCUGAGGGCAGUGUAGGUCGACGGCUGCAGGCUCUAUUUAAGCAUGUUAUGGGAUUUGCUCCAUGUCCCUACAGACGUCCCGUCACCACUGUGGUUGGCCAUCCCAUAGCUGUGCCUCAGGUUCACAAACCAUCUCAAGAACAGGUGGAUUAUUACCACAAAUUAUACAUGGAGGCUCUUUCUGAACUUUUCCACAAACAUAAGACCAGCUGCGGACUGGCCGAAACGCACGAGCUACGCAUAAUCUGAAAACACUGGGUCUACACAGAGUAAUUGAAACAUAUUCUCAGGGUUAUGUCUGAAAUAUUUGAUGUGGGAGGGAAAAGGAUAUUUCAGACAUUAAAUAAUAAAGAAAUAUUAGGUAGAUGGUACCAAUUAAUAUUAGAUGUACUUGACUAUUUGAUACAAUGUACAUAUAUGGUGGCAAAUUGUAAUUACAUUUUAAGUGCCAGUA